CAGAGGCGCAGUGCGAACUCUACGUGGGCACCAGAAUGACCCCUAAGACUUUCAGGCUCUCCAUGCGAGACUCAGCUCACGUUAGAGAUCAUAUUUUGCUUCCGUGCAAGGCUUGGAUUAUCUCGUAUUCCUAAUGGGCUCAGCCUUGGCCGGAAGGUGCCGAUUUCUGUAGUUCAAUUACCAGCGGUUAAACACUUCAAAUCAAUCAAAAUGCGCUUCUCGUUCACCAUCCACGUCCUGGGCCUCCUCUCGUCGGCCUUUGCCAUCACCGUCACCACCCCGUCAUCAAACACGGUGUGGGACUUUUCUACUGCGAAAACUAUCAAGUUCACCAGCGAUUCUAGUGACCCUUCGGUAAUCAGCAUCAUCCUCCGAAGUCAGGAUGGCUCCUUCCAGACCAAAUUGGCGGAUAACGUCAAGACCUCUGACGGAGAAUACACGACCCAGCCUAACCCUAGCAUUUCCAACGGAAAUGAUUACGAGAUUCAGAUAAUUGAUUCUGCUGGCCAGCUCGCCAUCAGUGACGUUUUUACUGUCAAGACGGGCGCUUCGGAUGAUGGUACAACAUCCUCGUCUUCUUCUACCACCAUUACCACCACUUCUUCUUCUUCUUCCUCCUCCUCCUCUACUUCUUCUUCCAAGGCAUCCAGUACGACCACUUCCACAUCCGUCACCUCCACCCUUACAUCCUCGGCGUCUUCAACGCCCAAGUCGUCGACUACUCCUUUGUCUUCCUCAGGCUCCACCACCUCCUCUUCCUCUUCGUCCACGACCACAUCUUCCUCCUCUUCGGAUACUUCAUCCACCAGUGCCUCCGUCUCCGCUGCGACCUCAAGCGGUGCUGCGCCGUCUCAGGUCAGCGCCCCUAAGGGAGUCAUGGCCCUACUAGGUGCUGCUUUUGCGCUCUUCCUAGUCUAGGUCAUGUUCAUUCGAAAGUAUUCUGCCUGGAGCGUGUAAACAAUGCUCUUUCACAUCAAACAGAAUCAAGGGAGGCAUGUGUCGUAACUAUGUUGCAUUCUGUUAUUCUUGGCUUGUGUCGAACUGGAGUGAAAUCGGAUAGAAGAGUACGAUAUAAUCUUAUUAUUAGAGGAUGUUUAUCAAUUUGCUUAAUCGAGUUGACCGAUGGCACUAGUUUGCAGAGGCUAGAUGCGUG